UGGCGCCCUCAAACGUUGCCUUUUAUUAUUUGCGAUAUACCCUUAUUGGCAGGUACACAAUCAAAGGGCCUUUGAAGGGCGUUGGAGUAGAAUAUACUGAAUUUAACUGUUUUAUUGGACUGAUAUCCGCCAUACAGGCAACAUGUCUGGGAUCAAGAGUUCAGUGAAUUUGCUGAGGGUCGCAGUCAGGUCGCAGCUCGUGUCGAGAGCCGCCCUGUCACACAAGCCUGCGAAGCAUGAGAUAUCCUCGGGCGAGCAAGGCUUUGCUUUAACCGUCAUGUUCAUCACCAUCCUUGGGCCAUCUGGUUGGAUCCUGGCCCACCUAGAGGACUACAAGCACCGCUCCUGAGUAGAUGUUAACUGAGCCACCUCACCUGGGCAUUACCACCAACUAAAGUCUUCUAAAGACUCUUAAACCCAUAAUAUGAAAUGAUUAUAUUAAUGAUUGUACUAAUAAAUGAUUGUCCCAAUACAA